CACGACCGCGCCCAUUUCAUGAAAGAUAAACAGAAUCCUCACCAUAUUCCCCAUUUAAAUCAUCUAAAUAUGAGACAACCCACACACCAUCUUCAUCCAACACCAAGACUCAGAGUUUUCCUUCUUUCUCAGACGAUUAAUCCACCAAAAUGUCGAACGAAAUCACUGUUUACAUCACUUCCUAUACAUCUACGUAUCAGUUGAUGAAACAGAUACAGAAAGUGAUGAUGGUUCUGGACAGUCGUCGAAAGAUGCUCGACUACGACAUCAAGUACGUGGACGUCGCUAUGUUUCCUGCCGGAAGAGAGAAGAUGAGAGAGAUGUGCGGCGACCCUAAGGCCUUACCACCACGUAUUGCUAACGGAGAUGAAUACUGCGGGGGCUUUGAGGCUUUUGAAGCAGCCGUGGAGUUGGAAUAUCUCAAAAAAUUCUUGAAGCUACCAGGAUGGGCUGAGGAUGAAAAGAAGAAGGAAGAAAAAGAAAAAGAGGAAGAAAAACAAGAUAAAGAAAAGGAAGAAGAUGAGGAAGAGGAAGGAGAGAAGACAGAAGAUGAUGAAGAAAAGAAAGAGAAGAAGGAAGAGGAGGAGGAAGAAGAAGAAUCCAAACAGGAAGACGAGAAAAAGGAAGACAAAGAAAAGGAUGAAAAGGAGGAAACGGAAGAUAAAGAAAAAGAAGAAGAUAAAGAAGAAGAGAAAAAAGACAAAGGAAAGCCUAAAUUAAAAGCUAAAGUUGACUCAGAUAAAAAGGACAAAGCACCGGAUAAGGAGAAGGACAAGGAUAAGGAGAAAGACAAAGAUUCAAAGAAAGAAGAAAAAGAAAAAGAGAAGAAAGAUAAAGAGGAAGAAAAGAAAGAUGAGAAAAAAGAAGAAGUCAAGCUUAUCAAGAAACCAAAACUUAAAACAAAGGUAGAUGUUGAUAAAGAGGAUGACAGAAAAGAAGAUAAACCAAAGAAGGAAAAGGACACGAAGGAGAAAAAAGAGGAAAAGAAGGAUGGCAAGAAGAAAGAAGGUAUGGAAGAAGAUAAAUCUAAGAAAGAAAAGGACAAGGAGGAGAAAGAAGAGAAAAAGAAGGAAGACAAGAAGAAGGAAGGUAAAGAAGAAGAAAAGGAAGCCAAAGAAGAAAAGGUCAUCAAGAAACCUAAAUUAAAAGCAAAUAUUGAUACUGACAAAGACAAAAAAGCUGAAAAGGAAACGAAAGACAAAAAGGAAGAGUCAAAGAAAAAGGAUGAAAAAGAAGAAAAGGGCGACAAGAAAGACGAAGAAGAUGAGGAAAAAGACAAAACGAAAGAAGAAAAGAAGGAAGUGAAAAGACCAAAACUGAAAACAAAAAUUGAUGUUGAUGAGGAAAGAAAGGAAGAAAAGAAAGAGGAUGAAAAGAAGGAGAAAGAUAAAGAAGAGGAAGAAAAGAAAGAAGAGACAGUCGUCAAGAGACCAAGACCAAAAGCAAAGGUUGACAUCGAUGAAAACGAUGAAAAAGAGGGAAAAGAUAAGAAAGAAGAAGAGAAAAAAGAAAAGGCCAAUGUGAUAAAAAGACCGAAACCGAAGGCAAAAGUAGAUGUAGAAGAAGAGACUGAAAAGAAGGAUGAAAAUACAAAGGAGGAAGAGAAGAAAGAGGAAAAGAAGGAUGAGACAACUGUGAGAAGGCCAAGGUUAAAACCAAAGGUCGAUGAUGAAAAGUCGGAAGAUAAAGUGGAAAAGAAAGAAAAAGAGGACGAUAAAGAAAAGGAUAAAGAAGAAACUGUAGUGAAGAGACCUAGACCUAAAGCCAAAGUCGAUGUUGACACCGAAGAUAAAAAAGAAGACGAGAAGAAGGAAGAAAAGAAGGAAGAAACAGUUGUGAAAAGACCAAGGCCAAAAGCCAAAGUGGACGUUGAAACAGACGAAAAGAAAGAAGAGAAGAAAGAGGAAAAGAAGAAGGACGACAAAGAGGAAGAAAAGAAAGAGGAAACGGUAGUGAAAAGACCGAGACCGAAAGCGAAGGUCAACGUCGAAACCGACGACGAUAAGAAAGAAGAGGAGAAGAAAGAGGAGACCGUUGUCCGUAGACCACGACCAAAAGUGAAUGUUGAUGUCGACGAUGAGGAAAAGAAGGAAGAGAAGAAGGAGGAAGAGAAGAAAGAAGAGAAAGUUAUUCGAAGACCCAGGCUGAAAGCUAAAGUUGAUGUAGACUAGUUUCUUUAAUCAUGUUUAUGUAGCUUACCGAUAUUGCGCAAAACAUUGAACCAAACUUUGUAAAUCAGUCAUUUAUAGUAAAAUAUUAUACCGAUUGUAUUUUCCUUCGUUUAACACACCAUGCAUGAGAACGGAAAGUAUCAAGGAGCACAGACGGUGGGGCGCCGAUGAGGUGGCGGUGAUAUAUUUUAACGGAUGGUGGUGUGCAAGGAGAGGGGGGGGGGGGGGUCGAAAUGAAUUUCUUGAAAAUGCCAAUUACGAAGUCCUGGAUUCACCAUUUAUUGUGAUCACUCACGUGCCUUAUUCCUUUACUUAUUGUGUUCAGAACGUAAUGACACAAGCACAGUGUAAGGUAACGUAAGUAAAAAGAAGAAAAAGAAAAGUUUUGUACUUCAAUAGACCUACCAUCCAACAUUUAUAACUGAACAAACGUCCACUUCCCGCAAUUUACAAAGUUUCCAUACUGAAAAGAACACACUAUUCCUCAAUGUGUUCACAGUGUGGAACAUGACUGUGUGAAUAAUAUUUUCACAUAGUCCAUUAUGUGAACACAUUGGGUGACACUCUGUUCUUUCCAGCAGGAAUACAGUUUUUUUUUCGCUUUGGUGAAAUAAAAUUAUAUUAUCGUAGCUAUGGAUACUGUAAAUAAUGAUACCGUUGAUUGACGAGCCUUAUAUCUGUAACACAUGAAGGGGCUCGUAUUGUAUAAAUUUAUGCUACUGCUUUUAUUUAUUUUCUUUGAACGCACGAAUAUUAUUGUAUAAUAAUCAUGAAAAUAGAGGCCUCUCCAAUAAACUUACA